AUGAAAGACGACUUUGUAGACGAGGAGGAAGUACAGUCUUUUGGAUACAAGAGGUUCGGGAUCCAAGAGGGUACCCAGUGCACUAAGUGUAAGAACGAAUGGGCACUGAAGACCUCCAUAGCCCUCCUCUAUGUGCUUUGUACUCUCCUCACCAUUGCUGUAGCUGUUCUCGGUUAUAAAGUGGUGCAAAGAGUGGACAGUGUGUCUGAAGGCAUUGCGAACUAUGGAGGAAAGAUAAUAGCAGUUGAGACCGAUUUGAAAAAAUUGGAUGAUCAAACGGGAGAGAAGUCUGAGAAUACCACCACUGAGAUUCAGGCUUUCAAGAGCAGCAUCUGGACUCUCCAGAGGCGGCUGUCUGCGGUGGAGGAGCGCGUCCACGGCGACCAGGUCAAGCUGAGUCAGCUGCAGAGCAUCGGCUCGGACAUCCGGAGCAGCCAGGGCUCCAUCCAGAGACUUCUGAGCGGCAACACGGCCGCCCUGCGCUCCGUGAACGUCACCCUCCAGUCCUAUGGCGGCGUCAUCCAGGGCCUCCAGGAGGACGCGGUGCGGCUGCAGAGGGAAGUCCAGCAGCAGGCCAAACUCCAGAACCAGGCGCAGCUCAGCAUCGGCAACCUGAACCUCACCCAGGCCCAGCAGAGGGCCCUGGUGGGCGCCCUGCAGCGCUCGGUGGACGACGCCGGCCAGGCCAUCCAGAGGAUGCGCGGCGACUUCCAGACCUUCGAGCAAACGGCCCGGCAGACGCGCUCCGACGCGGAGUGGCUCCGGGCCAAAGUGGAAAACCUGCAGCUGGUGGCCAACAACGUCUCCGCGCUGGCCAAGGCCAACAACGACAGCCUGGAGGACGUGGGGUCCCAGCUGGCCCUCAUGGCCGGCCAGAUCCAGAACGCCAGCAGCCUGGUGGAUUCCCACGACCAGACGCUGAGGGAGAUCGCGGAGAAUCAGAGGGACUUCGGAAACCUCACGUCCGGGAAGUUCGACCGGCUGGAGGCGCGGCUGGACGAGUCGGAGCAGAACAUGGACCGCGUCACCGGCAACAUCAGCUUCACCACGCAGCUCCUGGGGGCCAUCAACCUCAACCUGAACACCCUGCGGGUCUGCUCCGAGACCGUGGACCGGCACUCCGACUUCCUGCACAACCUCAACGGCAGCGUGGCCGACGUGAGGACGGACGUGGUCGGUCUGAAGUCCCAGCAGGAGGACCUGGGAGCGCGUCUGGACAAAGAAGUCACCAGUCUGUCCAUAGUCAUGGAGGAGAUGAAGCUGGUCGACAGCAAACAUUCACAGCUAAUAACCAACUUCACCAUACUACAGGGACCCCCUGGUCCCAGAGGACCGAGAGGGGACAAAGGACCUCAGGGACCUUCUGGUCAGACGGGUCAAAAGGGAGAAAAGGGAGAAAAAGGAUCUCCGGGGAUAAGAGGAUCCAGAGGAGAGCAGGGUAGUCCAGGACCACCGGGUCUUCCGGGGUUAAGGGGCCUCCCGGGUGUGCCUGGUAGCCCUGGGUCGAAGGGCUCCAGAGGUUCAGGGGGCAGGGCUGGACCCCCUGGAGCCAAAGGAGAGCCUGGUUCUGCCGGUCUACCGGGAAGAGAUGGACAACCUGGUCCACAGGGGCCACAAGGCCCACCGGGCAUCCGUGGUCCGAUCGGACCUGCUGGGGAGCAGGGACCCAGAGGCCUGCCGGGACCCGUGGGGCCCCCGGGACCACCGGGACCACCGGGGCUACCUGGACUCCCGCUCCAGGCUCCGGUGAAUCCUUUUGGGCCUGUGUCACUGCAGGAUGAGGCAGUACCUCCUGCACAGUGGGCCCAAGGGUGCCCUGCCGAGUGGCCAAGCUACGGAAACAAGUGCUACUUUUUCUCCAAAGACCUUCACAGCUUCGACGACGCCAAAGCGACCUGUGAAUCGAAGUCCGCCUCCCUGCUGAUCAUUAAGGACACGGAGGAGCAGAAAUGGCUCAAGAAGCAGACGCUCGGAAAAGGCUACUUCUGGAUGGGUCUGACGGACAGAGGGGAGGAAAACGUGUGGCGCUGGCUGGACGGGACCGAGCCUGCUUUCACGAACUGGAAACCCGGACAACCUGACAACUGGGGCCACAGCCACGAAAGAGGGGAGGACUGUGCCGGACUCAUCCACCAAGGGUUGUGGAACGAUUUCUUCUGUGAAGAUCUCAUAAGCUACAUCUGUGAGAAGGAAGUGGAAACCUCAAGUUCUACUGGAACAUAG